CGCCACUGGUUGUUGCUGUGUGCGGGUCUGUCAUGGCGCUGGAGACCCUCUCCCCGGAGUGGGACUUUGAUCGCGUCGACGACGGAUCUCAGAAAAUCCAUGCUGAAGUGCAGUUGAAGAAUUAUGGGAAAUUCCUUGAGGCAUACACCUCUCAACUGAAGAGAAUUGAAGAUGCACUGGACGACUCUGUGGGAGAUGUUUGGGACUUUAAUCUUGAUCCCAUUGAAUUAAAUCUUCUGCCUUAUGAACAGUCUUCCUUACUUGAACUCAUAAAGACAGAAAACAAGGUUCUGAACAAAGUCAUCACUGUGUAUGCUGCCCUUUGCUGUGAAAUCAAAAAACUAAAAUAUGAGGCAGAAACAAAAUUUUACAAUGGCCUCUUGUUUUAUGGGGAAGGAGCUUUGGAUUCCAGUAAGGUGGAAGGAGAUAGUCAAAUACAAAUGGGAAGAUUUAUCUCAUUUUUACAGGAGCUGUCUUGCUUCGUGACACGGUGCUAUGAAGUGGUGGUGAAUGUAGUGCAUCAACUCGCUGUCCUUUAUACUAAUAACAAGAAUUCACCUAAAGUUAUAGAAACAUCAGGAGUACAUUUUCAGGCUAUGUAUGAGCAUCUCGGGGAGCUGCUGACUGUUUUACUCACUCUGGAUGAGAUAGUAGACAAUCAUACCAUGCUGAAAGAUCACUGGACCAUGUACAAAAGGUUGCUAAAGUCUGUCCAUCACAAUCCUUCCAAAUUUGGCAUCCAGGAGGAUAAACUGAAGCCAUUUGAAAAGCUGCUAUUAAAACUGGAAAGCCAGUUAUUGGAUGGGAUGAUAUUCCAGGCUUGUAUAGAACAGCAGUUCGAUUGCCUGAAUGGUGGAGUAUCAGUAUCAAAGAACAGCUCUUUUGCGGAGGAGUUUGCACAUAGCAUUCGUACAAUUUUUGCGAAUGUUGAAGCUAAGCUUGGUGAACCCUCAGAAAUUGACCAGAGAGAUAAGUACGUAGGAAUUUGUGGGCUCUUUGUACUACAUUUUCAGAUUUUUCGGACGAUAGACAAGAAAUUUUACAAAUCGUUACUGGAUGUUUGCAAAAAGGUGCCAGCUAUCACACUUACAGCUAAUAUAAUUUGGUUUGCUGAUACCUUUCUGAUCCAGAAGGUGCCAGCUGCUGCCAAGCUUUUAGACAGGAAAAGCCUUCAUGCCAUUAAAGCACACAGGGAAAGUUUUCUACAACACAAGGCUCAGUCACUUACCAAAGAAAUGCAGUCAUACUAUGUAUUUGUGAGCUCAUGGAUGAUGAAAAUGGAAUCUAUUUUGUCAAAGGAACAACGAAUGGAUAAGUUUGCUGAAGAUCUCACAAACAGAUGCAACAUUUUUAUACAGGGUUUUCUGUAUGCUUACAGCCUUAGUAACAUCAUUAAAACCACAAUGAAUCUGCACAUGUCGAUGCAGAAGCCAAUGACUAAAACCUCAGUUAAAGCGUUGUGCAGGCUUGUGGAACUUCUUAAAGCAAUAGAACAUACGUUUUACAGAAGAAGUAUGAUCGUUGCUGAUUCCGUCACGCACAUAAUUCAGCAUCUUCAGCAUCAGGCUCUUAAUGCUAUUUCUGUAGCCAAGAAAAGAGUAAUUUCUGACAAAAAAUACAGUGAGCAGCGCCUUGAUGUACUCUCUGCUCUUGUACUGGCUGAAAACAUCCUCAAUGGUCCUAGUACAAAACAGAGGCGACUGAUCAUUUCCCUUGCUCUCAGCGUUGGCACACAAAUGAGAACAUUUAAAGAUGAAGAGCUCCUUCCUCUUCAAGUAGUGAUGAAAAAGCUGGCAUUAAUCAGUGAACUUCGAGAAAGAAUCCGAACACAAUGUGACUGUUGCUUCUUAUAUUGGCAUAGAACUGUGUUUCCAAUUUAUCUGGAUGAUGUCUAUGAAAAUGCAGUAGAUGCUGCCAGGUUACAUUACAUGUUCAGUGCAUUGCGAGAUUGUGUACCAGCUAUGAUGCACUCAAGGCACUUGGAAUCCUAUGAAAUGCUUCUGGAAAGCUAUGACAAAGAAAUCAUGGAUGUUUUAAAUAAGCACCUUCUGGACAAAUUAUGUAAGGAAAUAGAAAAAGACCUGCGUCUCUCUGUCCAUACCCACUUGAAGCUGGAUGACAGAAAUCCAUUCAAAGUUGGGAUGAAGGACCUUGCCCACUUUUUCUCUUUGAACCCAAUCCGCUUUUUCAAUCGGCUUAUAGAUAUUAAAGCCCAUGUGACACACUACCUAGACAAGACUUUCUACAAUCUAACUACAGUAGCCCUGCAUGACUGGGCCACAUACAGUGAAAUGAGAAAUUUAGCAACUCAGCGCUAUGGUUUAGUAAUGACUGAAGCACAUCUUCCUAGUCAGACUUUAGAACAGGGUCUUGAUGUUCUGGAAAUUAUGAGGAACAUUCAUGUAUUUGUAUCUCGUUAUCUCUACAAUCUCAAUAACCAGAUCUUUGUUGAAAGAAUCAGCAAUAACAAGCAUUUGAACACCAUAAAUAUAAGGCACAUCGCAAACUCAAUUCGAACACAUGGCACAGGAAUUAUGAACACAACAGUAAAUUUCACAUAUCAGUUUCUGAGAAAGAAAUUUUAUAUCUUUAGCCAGUUCAUGUACGAUGAACACAUCAAAUCCCGGCUGAUUAAAGAUAUCAGAUUCUUCAGAGAAGUUAAGGAUCAAAAUGAUCACAAGUACCCUUUUGAGAGAGCAGAAAAGUUCAACCGGGGAAUCAGAAAGCUUGGAAUUACACCUGAUGGACAAAGUUACCUUGACCAGUUCAGGCAAUUAAUAAGCCAAAUAGGAAAUGCCAUGGGCUAUGUUCGAAUGAUACGAUCAGGUGGGCUCCACUGCUGUAGUAGUGCGAUUAGGUUUGUUCCUGACCUUGAAGACAUUGUAAACUUUGAAGAACUUGUAAAAGAAGAAGGCCUCUCAGAAGAAACACAAAAGGCAGCCAGGCAACUGGAUUUUGUACUUGGCGAUCUCACACGGAACUCUGCUGAAGGCACAGAAUACUUCAAAAUGCUUGUGGACGUGUUUGCUCCUGAAUUUCGUAGUCCAAAGAACAUGCACCUGCGUAAUUUUUAUAUAAUUGUUCCCCCACUGGCCCUCAACUUCAUAGAACAUUCAAUCAGCUGCAAGGAAAAACUGAAUAAAAAGAACAAAGCAGGUGCAGCCUUCACUGAUGAUGGUUUUGCCAUGGGUGUGGCUUACAUUUUGAAGCUUUUGGAUCAGUACCAAGAAUUUGACUCCCUUCACUGGUUCCAAUCUGUCCGAGAGAAGUACGUGAAAGAGAUAAGAGCAGUAGCAAAGCAGCAGAACGUUCAGUCGACUAGUCAAGAUGAAAAGCUGCUACAGACGAUGAAUCUUACUCACAAGCGACUGGAUGUUUGUUUGCAGGAAUUUGAAUUGCUCUAUUUCUCACUAAGCAGUGCAAGGAUCUUUUUUAGAGCAGAUAAAACUGCAGCAGAAGAGAAUCAAGAGAAAAAAGAAAGAGAAGAAGAAUCAGCAAAAACAAGCAAUGGAGACCUGUCUAACUCUUCCUCUGUAGAUCCUGUUGUGAAGUGAAAGCUCUGGUAAUGCAUUUAUAAAUCUAAAGCAGUGAUUUGUUGAAAAUGAUGGGACCAAACUGGCAUGGAAUUUUUCACCAUCUGAUCUGAAAGUGACCCAGCAGCACCAUCCGAGUGAACAAUAAUUCUUAAUUCAGAUUUGCCUUUCUGUUCAGGUGUCCCUUGAAUGUGCUAUGUAGCCUAAUUCAUGAUUUUUUUUGAAUUUGCUAUUUUGAUACAAUUUCAUACAUUUGGGUUUUUUUUAAUUGGAUAGAUAUGAAAUUAACAUCUUUGGCAUUACUGUUUGCUUAUUUACUUAUGUCCUUGCUUAAAAGUUUUCCAUCAUAGCCCAUAGACCUUUGGAAUCCAGAGAACUUGCCAGCUUAGGAGGUCAGCCUCAGUCCUUUAGACUGACACUGCACUCCCCUUUCUCUCUUUGGCUUCUAGAUUGAGAGCAGCUUUCAUUUUAAGAGUAUCAUGUGGCCUGAAAAACUAACAUGGUCUGACUCUUGACAAUACAUUCUAAAAAACGAACAUAUUUAGGCUUCAGCUAUGUUUAAAUUCAUGCAGAUGCACUGUUUCUGUGAAUAUAUACAUAUGUACAUUCUAUUCUCUUUGUGAAUAUAGGAUGGUAGUCAUUAAGCUCUGACCUUCUCUCAAUGCAGUAUAACCAAUGGGAUAAGCUGUUUCCUUUGUAACCAGUUAAGGGGAGGGGACUAUUUCCAGUUUACAUUCUCGCAGCUGCUAGUGAUACGUUCCUACUAGUGCCAUGCUGUGGGAUCUAUAGAAGAGCCCAUUUUAUUUCAUGGGGCUUCAAGCAGACCAUUGUUCUUGCACCUGUGGUGUGUGAUUGAUCUGGGAGGAAAUGUCUGCAGCUAAAUGAUACAAGCUGGCAUAAGUUGUGGCAGUACUGUUCUCCCUCCUCCCCUCUCCUGUCUGUUUUCAGGCAUGAAAGCACCAACUACAAUCAUUUCCCUUGGGGUUUUAUAAAGGCAGAACAAAAGGGAAAUUUCUUCCCACAUCCAGACUUUACAUACUCUUGACUUCUUCUUGCCAGGUUCUUUUUUGAGACAUUUGUAACAGAAUAGGAAUCUACAAGUCCAAGUGGAAGAGGAUUAAACCUAGGAGGUUGCCCUUGGCUGUUAUAUGGUCUCAAAAGAGCUUUCCCAACCGAGCAACGGUGGGAAAGGGGGUCAAAACAGCAAAGCCGCCAAAGCACUUGGACUGUAUGCUCAAGCUUCUGACCAAAAUGCAGCUUUUGAGGUCCUGCUGCAUGUUGUCAUGGAGGUAAAUUUGACCAGUUUCACCUGAUCAGUAAUUUUAUGUUCAAAUUCUCAGGAAUUAAGGGGACCAAAUAGAACACCUUAUUCUAACUCAUUUCAUUAAAAGGUAUUUUGUUACCUCACUUUUUUUGUUCUGUUAAAUACUCUGUAUGUAAUGUUAAUAAAUGUAAUGUUAGAAACUG